UUUCAGCUCGGGGGACCCUGUGGGCAUCCUCACUUGGGUGUCGUCGGCGAGACCGGAUAUCAGAGGAGAUGCUGAGAUGCUGUCGAUAACCCGCAAUUAUCUACCUCGCGUGGAUGAAGCCCGGUUGUGAUAAACAGCUGCUCGUGCGAACAGGGACAACAUUGACUUUCUUUGUUUUUUUAUUUAUCAAGAACGACUACUCAAAGACCCGGGCUGAUCCACCGCUUCCAUGGCGUCCGGCUGUGACACGUUCUGAGCGGAGGCUCGGGGAGAUCGGCGGCGCAAGGCAAGAUGAAGGCGCCAGGGAGAGCGAGGCGCACGCGGCUCCUCCCGCGGCUGUGCGUCUGCGGGCUCGCUCUGUUGGCCGCCACCUGGCUCGUGCAUUUGUUUAAUGUCACAGGUUCAGAACGAACGUAUGCGGACAGCGUCCGACUGUGGUCCAGGAGAGAGCUGAACCCGCAGGACACAGAGCCGGACAACCAGACCUCCAGCACUCCCAGAGCGGCCAUACACGAGUUCCCUGAAGACGUUUUCACUCCCAAACAGAGGAGACAGGGAGCGAUCCUUCUUCAUGUCCUGUGUGCUGUUUACAUGUUCCAUGCUCUCGCCAUCAUCUGCGAUGACUAUUUUGUGCCGUCCCUGGAAAAGAUAUCAGAGAAUCUUCAACUCAGUGAAGAUGUUGCCGGGGCAACCUUCAUGGCGGCCGGGAGCUCUGCCCCUGAGCUCUUCACCUCACUGAUUGGCGUGUUUAUCACCAAAGGGGACCUGGGAGUCGGCACCAUAGUGGGAUCCGCUGUUUUCAACAUCUUGGUGAUCAUCGGGAUCUGUGGGAUCUUCUCCGGGCAGUCCAUCAUUCUGAGCUGGUGGCCUCUGUUCCGGGACUCCGUCUUCUACAUCUUGUCCAUACUGGUGCUCAUCAUGGUGAUCUACGACGAGAAGGUCCAAUGGUGGGAGUCCAUUAUCCUGAUCUCUAUGUAUGGGAUCUACAUCAUCAUCAUGAAGUUUAACCGGGCGCUGUGCUGCUGGGUGGAGGGCCGCUGUAGCCGGGGCGGUCAGGCGUGUCUGAGCAGCCUGCGCCGGACCACCGCCGUGGGCCACGCCGGGGACUGCGACACAGACAUGGUCCCGCUCAAACCAGACGCCUGCACCGUGGGGGUCCAGGACGCCCCGCCCGGGACGGCUGACGAGACCCUGCACCAGCUCUCCUUCUCAGAGAGACAGAGGUUGAUCCAGGCUCGGGGGUUGGAGGACGACCCGGCAGUGGGGGAGGAGAUUGGCGGCGGCGACGGAGGGCCGUGGGCCAAUGAGAAUGGGGGAACAAUGGAGGGCGAGAGACAACCCCUUGAAGUUGAGAGAGAGAGAGUGAGAGACAGGGAGAAGGAGGGGGGAGUGGGGGGAGAGGGGGCGGGUGGGGCGCAGCUUAAAGAGGAGGAGGAGGAGGAGGAGGAAGAGGACGACGACGAAGAGGAGAACGUCCCCUUCAUACCAUUCGCCUGGCCAGAGAGAUGGUGUGGGCGGCUGCGCUGGCUGGUGGCCUGGCCCAUCAACCUCGUGCUCUACUGCACCGUGCCCAACUGCCGGCGGCCUCGCUGGAGGCGCUGGUACCUGCUCACCUUCCUCUCCUCCACGCUGUGGAUCGCCUUCUUCUCCUACCUCAUGGUCUGGAUGGUGACGGUGGUCAGCUUCACGCUGGGGAUCCCCGAGGUGCUGAUGGGCAUCACCUUCCUGGCCGCAGGGACCAGCGUCCCCGACUGCAUGGCCAGCCUCAUCGUGGCCCGGCAGGGUAUGGGAGACAUGGCCGUGUCCAACUCCAUCGGCAGUAACAUCUUUGACGUGCUGCUGGGUCUGGGCUUCCCCUGGGCGCUGCGGACCCUCAUAGUGAACUACGGAUCAGUGGUUUACAUCAACAGCAAAGGUCUGGUGUACUCUGUGAUUCUGCUGCUGGCCUCGGUCAUACUGACUGUGCUCAGUGUCCACCUGAACCACUGGAGGCUGGACCGGAGGCUGGGCCUCAGCCUCAUCAUGCUGUACGCCGUCUUCCUGCUAUGCUCCGUCGGCUUCGAGAGGCUCUAGAGAGCCAAGCACACACGCACACACACACUGAGAAACACACAACUUUGUUCACAUCGUCAUAAACAUCUCAAAGUAUCGCAGUGUUUGGGGGCGGGAAAACAGGUUGUAUUUGUGGUGAAUCACGAAAGGUGUGUACUGUUAUUCCCCUGGUGCAGUAAUUCACACUCACUAGUACAUUCUGUUUCUCAGACACACGCACACAGUUACUGUACCCCAUGCUGCAAACAGUGAUCCAGUAAAAAGGAAGUCAAGUCUGCUGCGUUUUGCUAUAAGAUUGUAACGUCCCACUGGCUGCACUUCUUUACCUUUGAUACCGUCAGUAUUUUGCAGUUUUAUACCAAACACCUCCAGCCCACAUGUUGUGCCGUUAACAAACGACUUUGAAACAAAACAAACGUAUUAAAAAUUUACUUUGUAAUGUACUAUUUCCACUGCCCUUUAGUGCAAUACGUUGUUUCAGAUAUCGUGAUUAAAAAUGUAAACAUGAAAACGAUUGUGAUGACCAGCAACCAAGCAAUGACUUCCUCGGUCCUCAUAGAUGAUAUGCGUUUCUUCCUGUGUGUAUCGUGGCUUUCUGGUUGUGGGGUUGGUUUAUGUACAAGUUAUAUUGUAGACAUGUUAAAUCAAGCCUUUGUGUGUGUUCCUGUACGAUGUAGCAUGGCUAAUCCACACCGAUAAUUGCACUACCACACCGUGCUCUCUUGUAAUUAAAACACAAAUCCCAAUUUAUUUGUGAAAGCUUCAAAGCAUUAAAAAAUAGAUUUUUAUUUUGGGGGAAAUAUCCUUCCUUUGAAUGUCAGUGGGGAAAUACUUGGGUGUUCGUCUGUAUGUGAAAUAAAACAAAUUGUACGUUUCCAGUUUUUCUUUUCAUUUCCCAGUGAAA